CAAGGGAGAAGGCGGAGCUGUCAAAGUUUUCUGUUUAGGGCUACACAAGUUCUGUAAGAAGUCACUACCUUGAAUGACACGUUUCGUGAAGUAACAAAAGUAGGCUAAUUCAAUCGAAUACGGUGAAAGCAUGGAAUAACGAAUCUCCUUUUCGGGACAAAACAACUAAAAAAUAUGGCAAAACUAAAUCAGAUUGGAUUCAUUGUGAUCUUACUGGUUUGCUUGGGUUGUUGUGCUACGCCGGAAAAGAAAGUAUGUCAAGGUUCAAACAACAAACUGACGCUCUUGGGCACACAUGAUGAUCACUACCAAAACCUAGUAAAAAUGUACAGUAACUGCACUGUAGUCCUGGAGAACCUGGAGAUCACCUAUACCUCCGACCAGCAUGACCUGUCCUUCCUAAAGAAUAUUCAGGAGGUUGGAGGCUAUGUUCUGAUUGCCAUCAACACGGCUACCAAGAUACCGCUGGACAACCUGCACAUCAUCCGAGGCCACACCCUCUACAAUGACGAGUUUGCUCUGGCAGUGCUGUCCAACUGUAACAAAGGCACCAACGCCUCCGUGACCAGGGAGCUUCACCUCGGAAACCUCACAGAAAUUAUCAAUGGAGGUGUGAAGUUCUCUCACAACUGCCUCUGCAAUGUGGAGACGAUACAGUGGGCGGACAUUCUGAACAUGAAGAAAAAUCCCAGUAUGGACCUCCCUACUCCGAAAUAUGACAAAUACUGUAAAAAGUGUGAUCCAAGCUGCCCUAAUGGAUCUUGUUGGGCUCCAGGUUACCAAAAUUGCCAGACGUUAACCAAGACGAUCUGUGCGGAUCAGUGCUCGGGCCGCUGCAAAGGGCCCCGGCCUAUUGACUGCUGUAACGAGUACUGCGCGGCAGGCUGCACCGGACCCCGGCCCACCGACUGCAUGGCUUGCAGAAAUUUCUCAGAAGACGGGACGUGUAAGGAGUCCUGCCCCCCCCUCAUGAUCUACGACAGCACUCUGCACCAGCUGGUCCCCAAUCCAUACGGGAAGUACAGCUUUGGAGCCACCUGUGUGAAAAAAUGCCCACAUAACUAUGUGGUGACGGACCAUGGAGCAUGUGUGCGUUCAUGCAGCUCCAAGCACUAUGAGACCGAGGAGGGAGGGGUCAGGAAGUGCAAGCCCUGUGAAGGCCUGUGUCCCAAAGUCUGCCAUGGCCUCGGAAUGGGAAAGCUGAAAGACAUCUUGUCAAUUAACGCCAGCAACAUUGACACCUUUCAAAACUGCACCAAGAUAAAUGGCGAUGUGGCGAUACUCUACACAACAAUUCACGGAGAUAAACAUACAAAAACACCAAAGUUGGAUCCUGCCAAGCUUAGCGUAUUUGAGUCUGUUAAAGAAAUCACCGGGUACUUGUUGAUCCAGGACUGGCCUGAAAGUCUAACCUCCCUUAGUCCCUUUGAAAACCUUGAAGUGGUCCGUGGGCGAACCAAAAAACAGGGAGUGGUGAGCUUUGCUGUCACCAACACUAAGAUAACCCACCUGGGCCUGCGGUCGCUGAAGAGUAUCAGUGAUGGCGAAGUGGCCAUUAUAAAGAACGAGAACCUCUGCUACACCAAGGUGUCGCACUGGAGUCGCCUGUUUGAGCUGCGCACGCAGAAAGUUAACCUGAAAAGUAACAAAGACAUGCAGACAUGUGUUGCGGAGAACAGCACAUGUGAUGAGAUGUGCACGGCUGAUGGCUGUUGGGGUCCAGGGGCCGACAUGUGCUUCUCCUGCCUGCACAGGAUCCGCGAUGGACACUGCGUUGCCUCCUGCAACCUACUAGAAGGAGAACCACGGGAAUCGGAGAUUAACAGGACCUGUUUUCAGUGUGACUCAGAGUGCAAGCCCUUAAAUGGGACCCUGACCUGCAGUGGACCUGGUCCUGACCAGUGCACGGAGUGCGCCAACUUUAAAGAUGGCAUUCACUGUGUCCAGCGUUGCCCCCAUGGUGUGCCCGCAAAAGACGGCUCCAGCAUCUGGAAGUACGCUGACAAAGACGGGGAGUGUCAACCAUGCCACAAGAACUGUACUCAAGGAUGCACAGGUCCAAAGCUGAAAGACUGCAAAGACUACAUCAUCCACUCCAACCUGUCGAUGGUGGCCGCAGGAGUGGUCGGUGGCCUGCUGGCGUUUGUCAUCCUGGCACUGGGUGUGUUUGUGCUGCUGCGAAGACGCCACAUCAAGAGGAAGAGAACACUCCGCCGACUGCUGCAGGAGAGAGAGUUGGUGGAGCCCCUGACACCUAGUGGAGAGACGCCCAACCAGGCAUUGCUACGAAUCCUCAAAGAGACUGAGUUCAAAAAGAUCAAAGUGCUGGGGUCAGGAGCAUUUGGUACCGUGUAUAAGGGUCUGUGGGUUCCUGAGGGGGAAGAUGUGAAAAUUCCGGUUGCCAUCAAAGUCUUACGAGAGGCUACGUCUCCCAAGGCCAACAAAGAGAUCUUGGAUGAGGCAUAUGUGAUGGCCAGUGUGGAGCACCCGCAUGUGUGUCGGCUGCUGGGCAUCUGUCUGACCUCCACGGUGCAGCUCAUCACACAGCUCAUGCCCUAUGGCUGCCUGCUCGACUACGUCAAGGAGCACAAGGACAACAUCGGCUCCCAGUACCUGCUCAACUGGUGUGUGCAGAUCGCCAAGGGAAUGAACUAUCUUGAGGACCGUCACUUGGUUCACCGUGACUUGGCGGCGAGAAAUGUCUUGGUGAAGACUCCACAGCAUGUCAAGAUCACAGACUUUGGCCUGGCCAAGCUCCUCAAUGCAGACGAGAAAGAGUAUCAUGCAGAUGGUGGAAAGGUUCCCAUAAAAUGGAUGGCUCUUGAGUCCAUACUUCAUCGGACAUACACUCACCAGAGCGAUGUUUGGAGCUAUGGUGUGACCGUGUGGGAGCUGAUGACCUUCGGAACCAAGCCGUACGACGGCAUACCGGCCAGUGAGAUUGCGGGAGUGCUGGAGAAGGGCGAGCGUUUACCCCAGCCCCCCAUCUGCACCAUAGACGUCUACAUGAUCAUGGUGAAAUGCUGGAUGAUUGAUGCCGACAGCCGGCCGCGCUUCAGGGAGCUCAUCGCCGAGUUCACCAAGAUGGCCCGGGACCCCUCACGCUACCUAGUCAUUCAGGGCGAUGAUCGGAUGCAUCUGCCCAGUCCCAGUGAUGGCAAGUACUACCGCAGCUUGAUCAGUGGCGUGGACAUGGAGGACGCGGUGGAUGCUGACGAGUACCUGGUGCCCAGCCGCAGCUUCUUCAGCACCCCCUGCACCUCGCGCACCCAGCUCCUGCACUCCGUGAGUCUGAACAGCAGCAUUGAGACGUGCCAUAACAGGAAUGGGAGUGCCGUGCCGGCCAGGGAGAACAGCCUGGUGUUGCGUUACAUCCCCGACCCCACCGACCGGUUCCUGGACGGAGACUUCCAGCCAGCCCCAGAAUAUAUGAACCAGAAUGGCUGCAGCACGUCAGACAUGGCCAACCCCAAUUAUCAGCAUCCAGGACCCCCACGCAGCCUCCUCCCCAUUGAGGUGCUCGACGAGACAGAGGAGGAGUACCUCAACUACUUCAAGGAGCCCGCAGGGGCCACGGCAGGGGUCACCCCCACUGCCCCUGCCGCAACAGCUUCCCCCGCUGCCCCUGAGUAUCUCAACACCUCCCAGAACGGCCUCCUCUCUCUCUCCUCCAGUGAGCUCGGCCUCAUGGACCAGCCGCUGUUCAACCCCCAGAACAGCAUGGAUAACCCAGACUAUCAGCAAGAUUUCUGCCCAAUGGUGGCGGUCAAGCCCAAGCUUAACGGACACCUCCCGGCGGCUGAGAACGUGGAGUACCUGGGCUUAGCUGGCCCCCUGGAGGUCCACUAGCAUUCCAUGUGGUCUCGCAGAUUGACAGCCGGGGGUGGAGUGGGUGGGGAUGGUAGGGCUAGCAUGUGGCUUAGCUCCCGGAUCUUGUGGGAGACGACUAGUCUGGACAUAAUGCUGGUGGCUCUCCAGAGCUUGCUUGGACUGGCAUGCCAAGACACUGGUUCGCCAGACUUUGUGAAGGAGGAGGUUCAUGCUUUUCCUUGAACGCUGACCAAUGCUUCUGUGAGCUAGUGAACUUCUCUGUACUACUCUUGACUGUUGCCACAGAAAGACCAUGACCUUCUGUUCCAGGAUGCUGGUGGUUUGGUCUUUUUAGGAGUGCAGUCUCCAGCACCCAAAGAACUUUAAGAACUUUUGUAGCUGCACACAAAUAAAACACAUAUCUCUAUAACUCAUUGUAAUAUCUAUAUGUGCACUGUGUUGCCCUGUGACCAGUAUGUUUGACUUAGUGAUGAGGCUCUAACCUAAAACUUGUCAAAGAUUUAUAUUACAAUUAUAUAUAUAAUUAUAUAUUAUAUAAUUAUAUUAUAUAUAAUUAUAUAUCACUUAUAGUUCCCUUAACUCAUACUGUAUGAGUUAAAGCAUCAGUGGACAUUUCAAAAAGCAUUAAGUUCUGUUUUCUGAGAAAUAUUAACAUCUGUAGUUAAUGCUUUUAUAUUACUUGCAUUCACAUGUGAGUUAAGGGAACCUUCAUGUAAAACAUGGCAGAUAUUUCUUUACUGUGAAUGAUACUAAAAAGUGUCAAUUUUAUUUGGCAGAGGUAGGGCUCUCACUUAUCAUUGGUACUUUCAUGUAGCUGUAAAAAGACAUCGUCACUGUCUCUUUACAUAGAUACCUUUUGAAUGUCAUAUACCCAUACAUCAACAUACCAAUGGUACUUGUAUUUGUCUGAUGCUGGAGACUUGGCAUCUAGAUAAGAACGCUUCUCUUCUAUGUCAUUCAUUAAUUGAAACGUGAAACAAUGUACAGGGUUAUUUACAGUAUGUGUACUUCCUUCUUCAUAUUCAAAGCCAGUAUUGAGCGCACUUCAGAUUAUCACUUUUUAAAAUUAGGUGUACAAGACAGGUUUCAUUUGACAUAUGAAAAUAUGUGUUGCACAUUGUCAUAAUUCUGUGUUGCAGAGUUAUGCAUCAUAAAGCUGAUUCAAAGUCUGUCAAUAUAUCUGAUUCUAUACAAGUUCAUCUACCCAAGCUGCAUCCAUGCAAAUUAUAAAUGUCCACACUUUAGUUGCAUCUGAGCUCAGCUGUAAUUAUUUAUUUCCGAAGUGAAAUAAAGCAUAACGUUUUUUAUUGAA